UAAGAAAACAGCAUUGAUAACGAGUUUGGCAAGUUUUCUAAUAACUGAACCAGUUUUUAACUUGAAAUUAUAUCAGAAAAGAAAUUCUGGUUUAAAUUUUUUGUUCACCCAAUCAAUAUUGACUUGAAAGAACGUGUUCUGGUUCGAAGCAUGCGUAUUUAAACCAAAUUAUGAUUGGGCUAGUAUCAUUUUUUCAUCAGAUAUAAACAUGUUUUACCGGGGACCACGUGAUUUUACAAUCGCAAACCGUUGCUUAAUACAUUCAGUUGAUGAAGAGAUGUUGUGAAAUCAUUGAUUGAAGAUGAAUUUAAACUAGUCUAAGGUUCAUUGAUGUUGUGUUAAAAAAGAAUAUUUCAUCAGUGUGCUAUCAUGUUCAACUUAUUCUAGCAUAUACUACAUUUUAUGCUUUAUCAGAUGUAGAUUUGAUUGAGUUGAUUUAGCUUAUUCAACUCUGUGUCAACUAGUAGUAUGACAGUGUACUGUGAUACUUCAUGACAAUACUGUUAAAGAUAAAUUAAGGAAUGGACUUUUUGAUAACUUAAAUAUUACCACUAUUAAUACAAAUAUUAAUCUCAGCUAAUCCAUUGCUCAUGAUGAGUCUUGAAGAGAUAACACCUCAGAUAAUUGUAGAAGAUAGGUUGUCAUCUCACAGACCAAUAGAGAAGUAUUUUGGAUGGAUCAGAUACAUUUCAGUGGAGCCUACAAUGUGGCUCUAUUUGAUGGCUUACAUGAUAACAUCAGUGGUAGAGCAGGCUUUCUUUGUUUAUAAAGCCUGUAGAGUAAACCACAACUUCUCUGAAGAUACCUGUCAAAACAUAAAUGAGAAUGAGACAGUGAAAAACGUUGUACAGUUGACGGUAUCAGAUUUUCAUCAAUGGAAUAACAUAGCAGGCCAUGUAGUACCAAUUAUCCUAGCACUUUUCUUCGGUAAUUGGAGUGAUAGACGUGGUAGAAAGUUACCUUUGAUUAUUGGCCUUCUUGGAAAAAUAAUAUACUCAGGAAUGAUAGUUGUGAAUGCAUUUAUUCCUACUUGGGAUGUCUUUAUGAUAAUCUACACUGCAACGAUACCUAUGGGAAUGCUUGGUGGAGAUAUAGCUAUCUUUGCUAGUUGCUUUGCGUACAUAUCAGACGUUUCUUCGAUCAAACAACGAACACUGAGAGUGACUAUUCUUGAUAUUGCUUAUUUAAGCACAAUGCCUACAGGAGUCGCUCUUGGAUCUUAUCUAUUUACAAAUGUUGUAAACAGAUCUUAUUCAAUAAUGUUUACAAUAAAUACGACACUUCUGGUAACGUCCGUUAUUUACACCCUGAUUGUUCUCAAGUGGCGAACAAAUUCUCGACAAGAACCGAUGACUGGUGUCAAUAUUAUAACAGAUUUUUUUGAUAAAGAACACAUUUUAGCAACCAUAAAAACUCUCACCAAGCCACGAGAUCAAUUCGCACGACUACAUUUGUGGCUUUUAUUUACAGCUAUGACUUUUUAUACUUUCCAAAGAGAUGAAAAACCGAUGAGUUAUUUGUAUACACAGAAAAUUUUUCAUUGGGACGUAACAGCUUUUAGUAAUUUUAAAACUUUUCAAUCAUCUUUUUUCGUUGGUGCUAUGUUGAUUGGUGGACCAGUUCUCAGUAAAUUAUUAGGUUUGAGGGAUACUGUUAUAGUAAUUAUUGGAGCAUUAUCUCAUGCUGCUGGAAGAGUAUUAUUCGCCACUGCCACACAUCCCAAUAUCUUUUAUGCUGGGGCAGCUAUAGCUGCAAUUGGUCCAGUUGUAGCGCCUGUUCUAAGAUCUAUGACUUCCAAGGUCGUACCAAUUAAUGAAAGAGGGAAAGUAUUCGCUCUUCUAUCAGUCUGUGAUAACGCGACACCACUUUUCAGUGGGGUUUUAUAUUCUCAACUUUACAAUGCAACAUAUCAUUCAGUGCCUAGUGCUAUUUACUGGCUUACAUUUAGCACUCAGAUAAUAGUCAUUCUGUUGAUAUUAAUUAUUCGAUGUUCUUCGGCGUCUAAUCCACAAGAAUCAGAUGAUUAUUUAGAUGAUGUAGUUUCCGGAAGCAACAAAAAUGAUGAUAGCCACGAAAGUAUUAAUGUUUAAAAAAAUGUGUUGUAUAUAAAAAACUUAUCAUGAUAAGCACAAAAAAUCAAUGUUUAAAUUUGUUAAUAUUUUUUAU